AUGUCGUCGACUGAAGUCCAACCCGACGCCUCCGCGGCGUCUUUGCAGGGGAUGGAGCCCCUUGCCUGUGUCUCGUGCCGGGCCAGAAAGCUCAAGUGUGAUCGCACAAAGCCCGCCUGCACUCGCUGCGUCAAGGUCAAGAAUGAAUGUGUGUAUCCCGAGUCACGGAGGAAACCGACUUUCAAGCGGCGGAACGUCAAGGAGCUGGAAGCUCGUCUGGACCACAAGCUCAUCUGCUCCCUCACAGCUCAGGUUGAAGAGUAUCUUAAAGAAGUCAACAAGGGCAAUGACGAUGGAGCCAUCCUGUUGGAUGAUGCCGAUAUCGCCCUGGGCGACUUCACCUUCGCCCCUGACAACGCCAGCCAAGAUGCCAACACCUCGAGCAGCGCAUCAGACCCAACCAUGUCCUUUGACAUUCCCGACUUCACCGGCCAAGAGGGUGGUGCCUUCAACAUGAACAGCCAGCUAAUGGGCCUUGGCAUGUCUGAGGCUCUGCCUCCCUUUGAAAUGAUUGAAGAACUGCACAACGUCUACUUCACCACCCACUAUCACUUUCUCCCCAUCAUUCAUUCUGGCCGCUACUACCAGGCUUUCUAUGGACCACCAACCAGGAAACCGCCAAUGUGUUUGCAGUAUGGAAUUUGGGCGUAUUCUGCGAGUGGACACCUCAAAUAUGACCACUAUGCCGAAGCUUUCUACAAAAGAGCACGGCAAUACAUGGAAGCAGAUGAGAUGAAGAGUGAUGGCGAGCACUUUGUCACGGUAGCUCACGCCCAAGCAUGGGCCAUCAUUGCCAGCUACGAGGCGAAAGCCAUGCUGUUCACCCGAGCAUCUAUGAGCGCUUCUCGCUAUGUCCGGCUUGUUCAAAUGCUGGGAUUGGACAGACUUGAUAGAGAAGGAGACGACAUCCCUCCAACCCUUGGCCCCAUUUCCAACUGGACCGAGCUAGAGGAGCGCAGGAGGGUCUUUUGGGGCGCGUUUGCAAUCGAUGCUCACGCAAACAUGGCAACGGGCUGGGCCAACAUGAUUAAAUCCGAAGAUGUAAUGACACGCCUUCCAUCUUCCGAGGAAGCAUUCAUGGCGGGACGAGAAGAGAAAACAGCGUUUUUGGAGGAGGUGUUUGCAGGAGCUCCUUUCGAGAGCUUCUCCGGCGCCAUCGUCAUAUGCGAGAUCUUCAAGACUAUCUUGAGGCACGUUCACGGAGCGAAACCUUCUGACCGCCCCGAGGACUUGAUGAACGGCGCCUAUUGGAAGCGCCACCGCGAUCUCGAUAAUAGGCUAUCAAGCCUUUUCAUGUUCCUGCCCGAGAAGUUUCGCCUGCCUCAAAGGUCUCAAGACCCAGCAGCCGUGCAUACAAAUCUGAACUUGCACGCGUCUGUAAUAUGUCUACAUCACGCCGCCAUCGAGACAGUAGAAAAGUUUGGACUCGACGACUCUAUCAAGCAGAACAGCAUAUGUAGGUUGAGGACAUCUGCCGAAGAAAUCGUCAGCAUUAUUAAGAUGACAUCGCAUACGGCCUCAAUAUUUAAAACGCAGCUUUGUGCACUCUCACUGUAUUGUGCUACGACGGUGUAUGUCUAUUUGGCCAAAGACGACCCUAUCUCCGGCGUGACUCCCAUCGACAUUUCCAACCUGGAGAUUAUUAUAAACGCAAUGGAAGCCGUAGGCCGACUGCACCAGGUUACAACCGCCUUUCUCCAACAAGCUUGCCUCGAUAUUGAGCGUAAUGGCCUGACAGGCUGCCUUCGGCUUCCGUCUCUGUCAAAAUACCGCGAUCUCUUUGGCGGCCCCGCAUCUAACAUCCCCCGACUUGCUCGGAGUUCAAUAUCGAAACACACGGAGAUGGCUUCACCAUUGCCUGGGAGACUACCUCUUGGCGGCCCCAAGGGUCACAGGAGGCCAUCUGGCUUAAGAAUGAAUAAGCCACUUGCCUCUCUGACAGGCAUCCAACCAGAGUUGAGCCAUACGACAGAUUGCUUUAAUGCCAUCCUCGGCGCAGUUACCCGAAACGUGGCCCCAAAAUCAUUUGAUCCGGUCAGCCAUAAGAGGAAGCGGAUAGCCGUGAGCCCAGGACCUGAAGUAAAUAUGGCGGCGAACCCCAGGACCUCUGGGAUGACAACAAAGGAGUUUCGCUUCACUCUUAGCAAGGGAGCCAUGGAAACUCCCGCGAAUAACGCUUGUGGGAAUCUAUUUCCUGGAGAGAUAGAUAUGAGUAUGAAUACCCAAACCGUGGACCCGAUCUUUGUGCUCCCGGACCGCACCAACUCAUCAGCAUCAUCUCCAAUACAACGUGGAGCCGCUACAGAGGUCUUUUCGGCAAGCAGCCACACUUCACCCAGCCUAGGUCUUGGCAAUACUCCCGAGGAGAAUCGCAUCGAUCUUCGACCGUUCCAAGGCCGCAUUACAACGCCACUUUGGCAUAGCACAGAAGAAGGGCUAUUCAACCACGUUACGGAGACAAUUGCGCAGUACUCUGGGGACGGCAACGACCCCUGGGCAUUAUUAAAUGGAGAGCACAAUAAUUGGAAUGGCACCUCAAUAAAUUGA